ACUAAACUGAAAGCCCAAAUUAUCAUUACAGAGCUUUGCAGACGUGUUGUGCCUCGGAUCAAAUCCCAGAUCUCAGCACAAUGGCGUCUGAAAACAACGAGCAGCCGAGAUCCGAUUCCGCUGCGGAAACGCCGAGGAAGAUAGCACUGGUGACCGGAAUAACCGGCCAAGACGGAUCGUACCUGACGGAGCUCCUCCUCUCGAAAGGCUACGAAGUCCACGGCCUGAUCCGCCGAUCGUCGAAUUUCAACACGCAGCGGAUCAACCACAUCUACAUCGACCCGCACAACGUCGACAAGGCCCUGAUGAAGCUCCACUACGCCGAUCUCUCCGACGCCUCCUCCCUCCGCCGCUGGAUCGACGUCAUCAAGCCCGACGAGGUCUACAACCUCGCCGCCCAGUCCCACGUCGCCGUCUCCUUCGAGAUCCCCGACUACACCGCCGACGUCGUCGCCACCGGCGCCCUCCGCCUUCUCGAGGCCGUCAGAUCCCACUCCGCUGACAGCGGACGCGCCGUCAAGUACUACCAGGCGGGGUCCUCCGAGAUGUUUGGAGCCACCCCGCCUCCGCAGUCAGAAACGACGCCGUUCCACCCCAGGUCCCCCUACGCGGCGUCCAAAGUCGCCGCGCAUUGGUACACUGUUAACUACCGCGAGGCCUACGGUCUUUUCGCGUGCAACGGGAUCUUGUUCAACCACGAGUCUCCCCGGCGCGGGGAGAACUUCGUGACGAGGAAGAUCACGAGAGCCUUGGGGAGGAUCAAGGUUGGACUGCAGAGGAAGCUGUUUCUCGGGAACCUCAAGGCGUCGAGGGACUGGGGGUUCGCGGGGGACUACGUGGAGGCAAUGUGGAUGAUGCUGCAGCAGGAGAAGGCGGAUGAUUACGUCGUGGCCACGGAGGAGUCGCAUACCGUUGAGGAGUUUCUCGAGGUUUCGUUCGGGUACUUGGGGCUUGACUGGAAGGAACACGUGGAGAUUGAUAAGAGGUACUUCAGGCCGUCUGAGGUUGAUAACUUGAAAGGGGAUGCGAGCAAGGCGAAGGAAGUGUUGGGGUGGAAACCCAAAGUGGGGUUUGAGAAGCUGGUGAAGAUGAUGGUUGAUGAAGAUCUUGCGCUUGCUAAGAGGGAGAAAGUGCUUGUUGAUGCUGGUUACAUGGAUGCUCAGCAGCAACCUUGAUUCUGAUUGAGGGAAUCUCUUCUUCUAUAAAAAUGUUCUAAAAAUUUUCUAUAAAUUUAUUUUUGCUUUUAAAUGGUUUGUUUUGUUUGUUUCUUGUCGUUUUAUAUGGAAGGAGGGUUAAAGGAAGGACAUUCUCUGUUCUCUCUAGUCUUUGUAUCUCCCAAAUGUUUCAUCAAACAAAAUUGUCUCUUUUAA